GGAGGAGUGUAGCGGCGCUCGUGACGUCAGGCGCGUGCGUUUAUUUUGAACGGGGGUCAAGAUGGCGGAGGAGAGCAGCUUAAAGCGCCGGAAUCACAGCGGGCAGAACUGCACCAGCAGCCGAUAUCAUGAAGGGCUUUCAGGGGUGGAGGAUGUCCAGCGUGAGAUGAGCUCCUCUGAUCCGGACCAGGAGCUGCUGCUGCUGGACGAGGUGGAGGCGUCGGGACCCGUCCAGAUCGUCAUCGCGGACGAGGAGAAUCACGAGUUCUCUCUGGACGAGGAGGCGCUGGAGCGGAUCCUCCUGCAGGAGCACGUGCGGGAUCUCAACGUGGUGGUGGUGUCUGUGGCCGGAGCUUUCCGCAAGGGAAAAUCCUUCCUGCUGGACUUCAUGCUCAGAUACAUGUACAGCCAGGGCUCAGAUGCGUGGUUGGGUGGAAACGAAGAGCCGCUGACGGGCUUCACCUGGCGGGGCGGCUGUGAACGUGAGACCACCGGCAUUCAGGCCUGGAGUGACGUGUUUGUGGUGGAGAAACCGGACGGAAGCAGGGUGGCCGUGCUGCUCCUGGACACGCAGGGAGCGUUUGACAGUCAGUCCACCAUCAAAGACUGCGCCACCCUGUUCGCCCUCAGCACCAUGACCAGCUCCGUACAGGUCUAUAAUUUGUCCCAAAACGUUCAAGAAGACGAUCUGCAGCAUCUUCAGCUCUUCACAGAGUACGGCCGACUGGCCAUGGAGGAGAUCUACCUGAAACCCUUCCAGUCGCUGAUGUUUCUCAUCCGUGACUGGAGUUACCCGUACGAACACGCUUACGGUCUGGACGGAGGAAAUCGAUUCCUAGAGAAGAGGUUGCAGGUCAAACAGAAUCAACACGAAGAGCUGCAGAACGUCAGGAAGCACAUCCACUCCUGCUUCUCCAACAUCAGCUGCUUCCUGCUGCCGCACCCCGGGCUCAAGGUGGCGACCAACCCGCACUUUGACGGCCGGUUACGAGACAUCGAUAAGGAGUUCAAGGAGGAGCUGGUGAAUCUGGUGCCGCUGCUUUUGGCUCCUGAGAAUCUGGUGGAGAAGGAGAUCAGCGGCUCUAAAGUCACGUGUCGAGAUCUGCUGCAGUAUUUCAGAGCCUACAUGAAGAUCUAUCAGGGCGAAGAACUGCCGCAUCCCAAGUCCAUGUUACAGGCGACGGCUGAAGCCAAUAACCUGGCGGCUGUAGCGGGAGCUAAAGACACGUACAGCAGGAGCAUGGAGGAGGUGUGCGGCGGAGACAAACCCUACAUGGCGCCGGUCGAUCUGGAGCGCAGCCACGCGGAGCUGAAGCAGAGCUGCGUGCGUCAGUUCCGCGGCGUGAAGAAGAUGGGCGGCGAGGAGUUCUGCCGCCGCUACCAGGAGCAGCUGGAGCAGGAGAUCGACGAGGCCUACGCCAACUUCGUCAAACACAACGACGGAAAGAACAUUUUCUUCGCGGCGCGCACGCCCGCCGCCCUGUUCGCCGUCAUGUUCGUCAUGCACGUGGCGUCGGUGGUGACGGGCUUCGUGGGCGUGAACUCUGUGGCGGUGCUGUGUAACCUGCUGGUGGGCGCGGCGCUCGUGUCGCUCUGCGUCUGGGCCUACGUCAAAUACUCAGGGGAGUUCAGGGAGGUGGGCAGCUUCAUCGACCAGGUGGCCGAAACGCUGUGGGAGCAGAGGACGCCGAGGAAGGUGUUUUCCAAACUGUUUGAGGUUGCGCGGAGCAAAGUGACGCUGAGCGCCGUGAUGCCGACGCAGAGACAGAGACUGUCCUCAAACAACAACGUCAAGAAGAGGAACUAGCCCGUGACGCUCACGUUCAGGACGCUCCAUGAACGCCGAGGAUUCUGGGGGUUUCACGGGCUCUUUCACCAGGUCUCCUCUUUCUCAUGUCAUUUCUUCCUGUCCGUCUCAUCCGUGUUCAUGGAGAAGCGUUCGGACUCUGCCGUCUCCGUCCUCGUCUGGACGCUCCGAGCGCGCGUCGCGUGACACUAGAGGACCUAGUUGAGAACGCUGAACUGUACCAAUGAUUUCACUGUCUCUGCUGUACAGACGAACUUCCUUUGCUUCAUCAUUCCAUCCAUCCAGACUCUGUUUCCUGUACAGACGAGGCUUUUUAAACGCUCACCGUAGGGCAUGACGUGCGAGAUCAACGUGUGUGUGACGCGCUUACACGUGCUUCCUUUGUAGCAGGAGAAAACAUGGAUUCGUCUUCAUCUGCGGGAAUGAUGCUGUGAUUUGUGUCCAUGUUGGAGAGAAACACACACACACACACACACACGUGCACCUGUGCACACACUUACACACACACUCACGUGCACAUACACACUUGUGAAACACACUCACACCUGUGCAAUGCACAUGGACACACACACACACACACACACACACACACACACACACACACACACACACAAUGCACAUGCAAAUACUCAUGCAACACACACAAACACGCAUUAAUGCAACACAUUCACACACACGUUAAGUUUUAUACGGUCUUCAUUCAUGUCUUCUGCCUUGAGCUUCAUCAUUCCGGAAUGUUUCAUUCUUUUCCAUUUAUAAUUAUAUUUCGUUAAUUUAUUUUUCAAUUUGAUUAAAAUGAAUCACUGUACGUUGA